CAUCGCGGGGGCGGGACUAAGUGUCAGCUAGUUUUGCUGGUUGUUUUAAGGAAGCAGCUUUCAAUUUUCCACUCCGAGCCAAGACGAAGAGUCAACAUGUCAGGUGACAUUGCAGGAAGCGCGUCCACAGCCACUGACAGUGUGGCGUCUACAGAGAGUUUAACGGAGACGGAUGGUUUCUUCAGAAGCAGCCCCGUCGUUUUGGAUCCUGCGGAGGAAUACGGGAUGACCAGAAAGCGGCGAGGCGUCGCUCUCAUCUUCAACCAGGAGCGUUUCUUCUGGCGCCUGGGCCUGAACACCAGAAACGGGACGAACGCCGACCGCCACAACUUAGAGAGGAGACUGCUGGAGCUGAACUUUGAUGUCAGGAGUUAUGACGACUACAAACUGGUGGACGUCCUGGAAAAAAUCCAUGAAGCUGCCGAAGACGAUCACUCAGACGCCGACUGCUUCCUGCUCGCCUUCCUUAGCCACGGCGAGAACGAUCACGUCUACGCAUACGACGGCAAGAUCAGCAUCCAGGACAUCACCGCCAUGUUCAAAGGAGACAAGUGCCAGAGCCUCGUCGGAAAACCCAAGAUCUUUGUUGUGCAGGCUUGCCGUGGGGAACAGCAUGACGUUCCCGUGACGCCCUGCGACGCCGUGGACAACGACGUGAAGACAAAUGAGACGGUGGUGGACGCCUGCGCCAUCCACACCCUCCCUGCCGGCGCCGAUUUCAUCAUGUGUUACUCUGUUGCUGAAGGUUACUACUCCCACAGGGAGACCAUCAACGGCUCGUGGUACAUCCAGGAUCUGUGUGAGUUACUCCAGAUGUACGGCAGCUCGCUGGAGUUCACGCAGCUGCUCACGCUGGUCAACAGAAUGGUCUCGAUGCGCCGAGUCGGGAACUGCAAUGACCGCAGCGCAAUUGGCAAAAAACAGGUACCGUGCUUCGCUUCGAUGCUCACCAAGAAGCUCUACUUCCGGCCGAAGAAGUGAUCAACGGUUCGAUUGGUUGGUUUAAAUCUCAGCUGGUACGGCUGAUCCACUCCACAAAGAUGAGAAAAAGAUCUAGUUGUUUUGUUUCUUUUUAUAUGUUGAAAACAUUCCUGGCAGAUAAUUUGCACAGAGAAGCCUUCUGCUCAUAAAUCACUGUAUCUGAUAAAGUUGAACCUAUCAGGAAGUUUUUAAUCUUAGUCUUUAAAUUUUUUUGUAAUUGAUCUUGUUUGGUGAGUAGCAGCAUAACAUUCAGAAAUGAUUCAGGGGUUUUCUAGUCUCAGGUAUUUCCUCAGAGGCACCAUUGAUCCUACUGGACCCAUCAUGCAAAAUUCACUUUUUGCACAUUUUUAUACGACCAUUUGGGUUUCUACUGCUUCUAAAAACAGCCAAAGCCUAAAAACACUCAGUCAGUUUUGGCAAUAAAUUGAUGUUUUUUGUGAAUGUAACGUCUCAAAUUAGCAGGCACUGCCCGUCACCUAGCAACCCCAGCAGAAUUCCGCCCAUUACCUAGCAACCUGAGCCGAGCUCCAGUACAUUUGAUCAGCUGGUUUUACCGCUGUAUGCGCUGUACAAUGGCUGCUGAAAAAGGCAAGCGUUUUGUUGUUGACUUACCAUCCAGAAACCACUUGGUGCAUUCUUGUUGGAUGUGCAUCAGGCUCUACUUCUGCUUUUCAAAGGUGUGCAGUUAUGUAAUUUUGCAUCCGUUUGCAGCCAUUUUCUCAUGUGAGUGUAAACGUUGAGUUGGGGGGCGUGGCCAACAGCAGCUUGUUUGGAUUUAAAGUAAUGACCCCCUAAAACAGCCCAAAUUAAAAUACAAUGUCCUUAUCUAAGAAUGAUUUUGUGCAAAACAUGUUUUGUAUAGGCCAUAAGUCUACCCUAACGUGUUCAAGGAAGCAUAAUAGGUCAUCUUUAAAGCUCACUGCUUAAAGACAAUAAAGGGAAUCCAUGUUGUGCUGUUGUCUUUUCCAGUUCUUGGUUCAUCUUUCAAUGCAGAUUUGCACUCAAACUGUCAACAAACGCUAAUAUGAAAACCUGAAAAUGUUUCUGUUUCUUAAAGCUGUACAAGGGAAUUAAAUCACUUUGAACUGUC